CUCCGUCGCCGCCGUCGCGAGUUCGACCUCGCCGUGCUCCACCUCCGCCACCCGCAUCGUCGCCGUCGUCUCCACCUUCCUCCGCGCUCGCACGCGCGCGGGCACCUCCAGAUUUGAUGGGACUAUAACUGAAAGUCUGAAAAACCUUCUGUGUUAAGCUUCUGAAGGGACCCACCUGCAGAACGUGAUGGCCACCCUUUACCAAUUUAGCGGGCGAAAAUUUGCUGCUACAGGCUAUACACUUUUGAUUUCACUAUUCUUUUUCUUGUAUGCACCACAUGGGAUCCUCUUGAACAAGAAACCUUCCAAUUUCAAAAUAGUACCAUCUAGGUCGUUGCGUGAGAUUAGCAUCAGUUCAAGAAGUGUACAGAGGGUUAAUAAUUCCAUAGAGUUUGUUACAAACCUGAAUGAACGUAAUGCAGAAAUUGGGCAACAUAUGGAAGACAGCACUCAUAAUAUCAUCAAUGCAACUGCAAAUGUGACCUCUGAGUGGAGCAUUGUCAAGGAGGAAUUCACAUUUCCAGCUGGAAGUGCUCCCUUCAAUAGCUGCCAUGCUUCUACUAUUGUAGAGACUGAGAAAGACAGUUUUUUGGUGGCUUAUUUUGGUGGGUCCAUGGAAGGCGCUCCUGAUGUGAAGAUUUGGUUGCAGAGAUACAUCGAUGGCUGCUGGCAUACUCCACAAGUGGCCGAUGAACAAGAUGAGGUACCCAUGUGGAAUCCCGUUCUAUUUCAGCUCCCUUCUCGUGAGCUGCUUCUCUUCUACAAGAUUGGCCAAGAAGUCCAAAAGUGGAGUGGUGCCAUAAAAAGAUCUCUGGAUGGUGGCAUAACCUGGUCGGGGAGAGAGCAGCUACCACCUGGCAUCCUUGGUCCUAGUAAGAAUAAGCCUUUUUUGGUUGAAGAUGGGCGCCUGCUAUGUGGGUCAUCUGUUGAAAGCUGGAACUCUUGGGGUGCAUGGCUUGAGGUCACAAAAGAUGCCGGACGAACGUGGCGGAAGUAUGGCCCUAUAUAUAUUGAAGGUGAAACACUUGGGGUGAUCCAACCAGUUCCCUACCUGACUGCCAAUGGGACUAUUCGGAUGUUGCUGCGAUCUUUUGAGACAAUUGGCCGUGUCUGCAUGGCUGAUUCCAGUGAUGGGGGUGUAACAUGGAGUUAUGUGCACGAGACUGAGCUUCCAAACCCAAAUUCUGGUAUUGAUGGAGUUAAGAUGAAGGAUGGGAGAGUACUUCUUGCUUACAACACCUUUUCCAGAGGAACACUAAAAGUUGCAGUCUCCAUGGACGACGGUGAUUCAUGGAACGAAGUGAUGACAUUGGAAGAUACUGAAGGCAUGGAGUUUUCAUAUCCUGCAGUAAUCCAGACCAUGGAUGAGUUCAUACAUAUCACAUAUACAUACAACCGGACACAGAUUAAGCAUGUUGUUCUUCAACCUAGCGGCAUAGUGAGGUUGUGAGUCUGCAACUAUUGGGAGAGUUAUUGCUGGCAAUUGCAAUGCACAUAAGUUUUUCACAUCAUAUUGGCUGGACUCUGCUGCUGUGGUUCUCAAUGAUUUUUUGGGGCUAUAUUUGGUCAUUUGAAUAAUUCUUGCAGUUGUAACCUAGUCGAUAAUGUUCCUGAUUCCUAUCAACAAUGGUAUUGGAACAUCUGUACAUAUGCCCCACAGUUUAGCAUAAUGUGUUUCAUACAAGGCUAUUCUUCAUGCUGUGAUAAUCUAAGAUAUUAGUACUUUAAGUGAGAACGUGCGAUGCCCCUUUUGCUGUGAUACAACUUCCAGCAAAUAAAUUAUGGUUAUCUUGGUAAAAUUAUAUAUCUAUCUUUUUUUUUAAAGAAAGACUUCAUAUUGGGUAGGGCUCCAUAAUAUGCUUGUACAAUGAUCCUAUAGAAAGCAGACGAACCUUCUUACAUUAUCAUCCAGGUACUGUAAUCUUUAACCUGGUAUGUACUAAAUUGAGCUUUUCUUUAUUAGUACUACAAUAGGUUGGAAUAUAGUAAAAUUGUUCUGUCUUGACUCUUGGAUCUAUCAAAACUGUACACUGCAGAAGAUGAAAUAUCUAUUGAACUAGUUGGUUUCAACAAAAAAAAAACUCAGUUGGAAUCUGGUUUAGGGUUGCUAGCAUAUUUUUGGUAAACAGUAUGUACCUGGGAUUUUUCUCAUAACAGAGCACCAGAACAGCAAUUCGUAAUUAUUUAGAAUUUUUAGAUGUUAAGCAACCAUAAUCAUGGUUAGUAUAUCAAAAACCAACACUAUAUAAGGAUAAUAAAAGAAAAGACAAAAUUAUACACUGGUAUACAACUUCUGAAGUUCAUUGUCCCCACUCACACACAGGUCACCAAAACCAACAGGAACAAAAAAAAUAUUUUUAUAAAUAUCCAACAUCUUGUGGCAGGAACCAACUAUAUAAUAAGCACCCAUGUGAUUCUACAGUAAACAAAGAGUUGUGCCAGUUAUAUCAAGCAUUUAUGAAGGCAAUGGACUCCCAUUCUCCUUCUCCUCUGUGUGAAGAGAUCUUCAAAUUUACAUGUGAAGUUGUGAUCUUGUGCACUCUUUGAUAUACUCUUGCAAGUUGGAAGUUACUCUGACUUGUGGCACUUGAUAUCCCAUUCAAGUUUCUUUCUCUUUGUUGCUGAAGUGGGGCUUGCAGUUUGACCUACUCUCU